UCAAACCAAAGACAAAGGCACCGAAGUGCUACCGAUAACCAUGGCUUCCUCAUCAAAAUAAAAACAUCACAAAUUGAGCAUAAAUGGGAUACUGAAACGAACGGUGAAGAUUUAUCCAUGAUUGGAAAAUCGAACGACGUAGAGACGCCUCAGGAUGAGGAAUGAUGGUGAUGUCUGAUUCCAUUGUCAACUCAAGAACUACACAAAAAAAAAAAAAAUCAAAUCGAUCGAAAGAUCAAUCAAAUUGGGAUUAGGGUUUGACAUUGCAUUGAAAUGGACUAUGCUACAGAGUUUUCGAUGGAUCGUCGUCCUCGAAAAAGACCCAAAUUGGCUUGGGAACUUCCUCAAACUCACUCUAAGGCUCAUUCGGGGAUAUAUUGUGGACAAGAGUUUGCUAGUGCGACAACAAGCUAUGGAACGCUGAGGGUACUUCCUGAUCAUACUGGAUUUUCAAUUAAGGGAUUGGCUGAAAAAGGUUCUCCCCAAUGGCGAGAUGAUGACAAAGAUGGCCAUUACGUGUUUGCGCUUGGAGAAAAUUUAACUUCUCGGUAUAAGAUUCUCAAUAAAAUUGGUGAAGGGACUUUUGGUCAGGUUUUGGAAUGCUGGGAUAGAGAAACGAGGGAAAUGGUUGCCAUAAAAGUUGUGAGGAGUGUUAAGAAAUACCGUGAAGCAGCAAUGUUAGAAGUUGAUGUGCUCCAAUUGCUUGGGAAGUAUGACAGGAAUGGCAGUCGCUGUGUUCAAAUACGCAACUGGUUUGACUACCGGAACCAUAUUUGUAUUGUAUUUGAGAUGCUUGGACCAAGCUUAUAUGAUUUUCUCCGGAAGAACAGUUAUCGCCCAUUUCCAGUUGAUCUUGUCCGUGAGCUAGGAAGACAAUUAUUGGAGAGUGUAGCAUUUGUGCAUGAUAUGCGCCUCAUCCACACCGACUUGAAGCCUGAAAAUAUACUUUUUAUUUCCCCAGAAUAUGUAAAGGUGCCUGACUACAAGGUCAUGUUCCGGUCACCAAAAGAGGGAGUCUCUUAUAAGAGACUGCCAAAAUCAAGUGCUAUUAAGGUUAUUGAUUUUGGUAGUACAUCCUAUGAGCACCAAGAUCACAACUAUAUUGUCUCAACUCGACAUUAUAGGGCACCCGAGGUUAUUCUUGGACUUGGUUGGAAUUUUCCUUGUGACAUAUGGAGUAUUGGUUGCAUUUUGGUUGAGUUGUGUUCGGGAGAAGCUCUAUUUCAGACACAUGAGAAUUUAGAGCAUCUAGCCAUGAUGGAGAGGGUUUUAGGCCCAAUACCUCAACACAUGUUGAAAAGAGCAGACCACGCUGCAGAGAAGUAUGUCAGAAGGGGUAGGCUAAACUGGCCCGAAGGAGCAGUCUCUCGAGAAAGCAUCAAAGCUGUCUUGAAACUAUCUCGCCUUCCUAAUCUGGUGAUGCAGCAUGUGGAUCACUCGGCCGGGGAUCUUCUUGAUCUCUUGCAGGGUCUACUUCGGUUUGAUCCCAUGAGCAGGAUGAAGGCUCAUGAAGCACUCAGGCAUCCUUUUUUUACUGGGGAGCAUUACCAGAGGUAUUAAAUAUAGGGUUCAUCAUGCCAUCGGCGAUAGAUAACUGGUUGUUGUGUUGCACUAUAGAUAACUAAAAAUCUGUUACUGUUCUCCACUGGGUGGGUUUUUUUUUCUUGAUAUAUAAUGGUGAGUUUCACAUUCCAAGGGGGAGCUUUGGCGCAAUGUAAGUUGUCGUUAUGUGACUGAAAUGUCACGGGUUCAAGUCCUGGAAAUAACCUCUUGUGUAAAUAACAAGGUAAGACUGCGUACAAUACAUCAGAUGACGGGAUCCCUUCUCGGGUGUAUGCAGGAGAUUUGUGCAUUGGGCUGCCUUUUAUACAAUGAUGAGUUUGAGGGGUUUAUUACCCCCUAUAAAUUUACCUAUUUUUGUAGAUAGAUUUGUUGUCAGGAGGAUCUUUCUCCAUCUCCGUUUUUGUACCAUUAAAAUGUACUAUAAGCAUUUUACUUUCGAGUUGUCUGACCAGCUUGCCUGUCUGGUGAUUAAUGAAAUAUUGAACUUAUAAAUUAUAAUUUUGGUCA